AUGUCACAACCCUCGGAAAGUUUUGGAAAUUACGACUUGAUCAAACGCGUCAAAUUAGACUUCACGGAUGUCGUCGUGUCUAAGUGGAAGAGCAGGGAGACCGGCCUGACGGUUAUUCAUCUUGAUUAUGAAGCUCCCAUUGUAAACGGUUACUUUGUGAUACCAACAGAAAUUUUCGAUGACUCCGGAUGCCCACACACGCUAGAACAUUUAGUAUUUAUGGGGUCUGAAAAAUAUCCAUACAAAGGUAUUCUAGAUCUUCUCGCUAAUCGUGGAUUUUCGAACGGGACAAAUGCUUGGACGGCCACCGAUCACACUGCAUACACGGUGUCUACUGCAGGAGAACAAGGUUUCCUUCAACUUCUUCCUAUAUAUGUCGACCACAUAUUAUAUCCGACCAUCACCAAUGCUGGUUUUGUGACAGAGGUCCAUCACAUCGACCCCAAAGGAGAGGACUCAGGGGUUGUUUAUAGCGAAAUGCAAGGGAGAGAAAACACUUCUGGUGACCUUAUGGCUCUUCGAGCUCAAAGGUUACUUGAUCCCCCUGGUAGCGGAUAUCGAAGUGAGACCGGAGGGCUAAUGGAAGCAUUGCGCGUACUCCAGCCCCAGCAAAUUCGUAAUUAUCAUGCAAGAUAUUAUGUACCUCAUAAUCUUGCAUUGAUUGUAGCUGGAAAACUCUCAAGCGGAACAACUUCUUUGUUGCGUGUCGUUCAGGAACAAAUCGAACCCAGUCUCAUCCGUCACAAACAAAAUCACGGCACGAGGCCCGCUGGAUGGAAGCGUCCUUUCGUGGAAACUCCAAGCGCGGAUCGCAAGCCUAUUUCGGUCACUACGAAAGAUGUUGUAGAAUUCCCAGAGCAAGACGAGAGCAUGGGUGAACUUGUCAUCAAUUUUAUGGGUCCACCUCCAAAUGCAUUUCUCGAACGGAAGGCGCUCGAAAUCCUCGGCACAUAUCUUACUUCCUCUGCAGUUGCUCCUCUGAAUAAAGAGUUCAUUGAAAUCGAAUCGCCGCUUUGCGAGGAUGUUCGCGCCACAUCAGUAAAUCUCCCUAUAUACAUUGGCUCAGUUCCAACAGAACAUCUUUCUACCUUUGACGAGAAGCUAAAAGCAAGCUUACAAAAAGUCAUUAAUGAUGGUCUCGAUAUGCAGAGGAUGGAGAUGGUCCUUAACAGGGAUGAGCGCCAGCUGCGCAGCAAACUCGAGUCAGCAAAAGGGGACACUUUUUCAAAUACCAUAAUCUCAGAUUUCUUGUAUGGCACUGAGAAUGGCUCUGAGCUUCAAAAGUCAAUGGAUGAAAUUAACCACUAUAUUCAAAUGCGCACUUGGAACAGUGACCAAUGGACAAGCCUUCUCUCUAAAUAUUAUGUGGAACCAGCCUCGGUUGUCGUGAUUGGGAAACCUUCGGCUAGUCUUGCUGAGAAAUUGGAAAAGGAGGAAAAGGAAAGAAUCGCAAAGCAGGUGCAACAACUUGGUCCUGAAGGUCUUAAGCGCGCCGAAGCAGAGCUUGAAGCAGCUAAAGCGGAACAUAGCCAAGAAAUUCCUUCUGAAAUCAUUACUUCCUUCCCAGUACCGGAUGUGAAAAGCAUCUCCUGGAUUCCCGUCCAAAGUGUACAAGAACCUGGAAAAGGAAGAAAAGUCGCCUUUCCUUCCACAGACGUCUCUUUGUCCAAGCACAUUGAAUCUGAUGGCGAACCUUUACCCUUUUUCGUCGAGUAUGAUCAUGUGGAGAGACAGUCUGGAAUCAAAUUGUCUCAUGAAGAGGUUAUCAACCAGUUGGACAACGAAACCGUAUCCUAUGAGAUCGAGCUAGGGAUCUCCAAUAGCUUUUCUGAUAUGGUUCGAGUUAGCAUCAAGGUUGAAACUGCUUUAUACGAAAAGGCGGUUGAAUGGCUGAGGGACCUACUUUACGGCUCCGAGUUCGACAAAGAUCGACUCCAGGUUGUUCUUGCCAAAAUUCAACAAACUCUUCCGGAGCUGAAGAGAGAUGGAAAUAACGUUCUUUCUUCAUUAUGGUCCACUUUAUUAUAUGCGGAGAAUUCGACUUCUAGCCAUACAGGAGUCCUUCCGCAAGCUGAGCUUAUCCCCAAGCUCGUUAAAGCACUUCAAGAGACGCCCAAUGAUGUUAUUGCUGAUUUCGAGGAAAUUAGAAAGCACAUUGUCGAUCCGGCUGGAGUAAGAUUUUCGGUGACCGGCAAUGUUUUGAAUCUAAAUGCGCCCAGAAGUACUUGGGGAAAAUACUUCUCGAUACCGUCAGUACCGUUGGCGCCUGUCCCCAUGGCGUCAGAAACCCUCAGUGAGACGGGGAAAACUUUGUCCAAGAAGGCAAUUGUAAUGAGUCUCCCGACAAUCGAAAGCUCUUUUGUAAUGCACACCGCAAAAGGAAUUCAAGGCUUUAACAAUCCUGAAUACCCUGCUAUUCGGGUUGCCCUAGAAGUACUCAACGCUACAGAAAGUUACCUUUGGCGGUAUAUCCGUGGUUCUGGAUUGGCUUAUGGAGCAUAUACUUCAUUGGACGUGGAAGCCGGAUUUGUCACAUUCACUCUGUAUCGAAGCUCAAACAGCAUAAAAGCAUUUGAAGAAGCAGGUAAAGUCAUUCGGGGGCUCGUGGAUGGUUCUAUUGAAUUCGAUGAGACCAUUCUUGAUGCCGCAAAGAGUACCAUAGUCUAUGGUGUUGCAAAGAACGUUUCGACUCCUGGUAGAGCUGCUAUUGUCUCAUUUACCAAUCAAGCUUUGAAAGGUGUUCCAAGAACAUAUCAAAUUGACUUGCUCGAAAAAUACCAGGAUAUCACGAAAGCAGAUAUUCUGGAAGCCUUGAAAAGGCAUUUUUUGCCAUUGUUCGAUUCCGCGUCCUCGGUCGCCGUGGUGGUCACUUCACCCGUGAAAGCUGAUGAAAUCGCAACACAGCUGACUACCAAAGGAUUUGAUGUCACACAGAAAUCUAUAGAAAUAGACCCUAGUGAAAUGGAAGAAGAUGACAGCGGGAGCGACAGCGACAGCGACUCUGGAAGUAGCGGGAGAUGA